AUGAACCAGAAUGUGUUCAUAUCUAUCUAUCUAUCUAUCUAUCUAUCUAUCUAUCUAUCUAUCUCAGAUAUCAUGGACCGAGUACUCACCUGCUAUCCUCUUCCGCCUCACCUGCUAUUCUGUUCCGCCUCACCUGCUAUCCUCUUCCGACUCACCUGCUAUCUUCUUCUUACUCACCUGCUAUCCUCUUCCGUUUCAUCUGUUAUCCUCUUCCGACUCACCUGCUCUCCUCUUCCGACUCACCUGCUAUCCUCUUCCUCCUCAUCUGCUAUCCUCUUCCGACUCACCUGCUAUUCUGUUCCGCCUCACCUGCUAUCCUCUUCCGCCUCACCUGCUAUCCUCUUCUUCCUCACCUGCUAUCCUCUUCCGUUUCAUCUGUUAUCCUCUUCCGACUCACCUGCUAUCCUCUUCCUCCUCACCUGUUAUCCUCUUCCUCCUCACCUGCUAUCCUCUUUCGCCUCACCUGCUAUUCUGUUCCGCCUCACCUGCUAUCCUCUUCCAUCUCACCUGCUAUCCUUUUCCGACUCACCUGCUAUACUGUUCCGCCUCACCUGCUAUCCUCUUCCGUCGCACCUGCUUUUCUCUUCCGCCUCACCUGCUAUCCUCUUCCGUCGCACCCAUGAGUUGAAGGACAAAAACACAUUUUCUCUUUUUCUCUCCCUUUCUCUCUCUUUCUCUCUCUCUCUCUCUAUCUUUCUUUCUGUCUGUCUGUCUGUCUCUCUCUUUCUCUCGGACUACACCUCUUUUUAA